UCUCUCCAAUUUCCCAAACACAUAAAACAAACCCGGAUCCACCCACCCCCACAAAUCUACCGCCAUUGUUCUCCCUACUCCUUCUCGCCCACCUCAAUCCUUAUCUCUUCCCGCAAGUCCAAUACACUCGGAAAGGUUGAGAAUGCCAAAUACCCGAACCAUGGGAUAUCUCAUGAUCUCUUGGACAUUGUGGAGAGACUCACAAAAGAGAACUAUAGGAAAUGCAUGGAGCAAAGGUUUAAAGAAUUGGUGCCCAGCAAGGGUCUCGAGGUUGCUCAAUCCGAAAUCGAUGACUUGGAUUGGGAAAGCACUUUCUUCUUGCGCAUGCUGAAAUCAAUGACAUGGUGGCCAGCAAGGUUUAAAGAAAUGGUGCAUUCAUUUUACUCUUCUAAGACGAUAAGGUCGGUGGCCUCUAGCUCCUUAAGGAUGACUAAUGGAUUGAUGUUCCACCCAUGA